AUGCCUGAGCUAGCAGAAGUUGCGCGGAUUGUGAAUUAUAUCAGAAAGCACCUGGUAGGACACACAAUCGCCAAAGUCGUAGCCAACCAUGACGACCUCCUGUUCGGCAAAGUUGGCACCAGUGCUGAAGAAUUCAAGAAGCACAUGCAGGGCAAGACAGUGAUAGGAACAGGCCAGCAAGGCAAAUACUUCUGGAUGAUCAUGUCUUCUCCGCCGCACCCUGUCAUGCAUUUUGGGAUGACGGGGUGGUUGAAGAUCAGGAGCGAGAAUACCUAUUAUCGAAGCAAUGGGAAAAACGAGAACUUUGAAGCAGACGUCUGGCCCCCGAAGUUUUGGAAGUUUUUGCUAGAGACGGAUAACGAGCCCAAGACGGAGGCUGCGUUUGUGGAUGCGAGGAGGCUGGGCCGUGUCAGGCUUGUGGACUGUCCCGGGGAUGAUAUCAGGAAGUAUACGCCUCUGAAGGAGAAUGGGCCAGACCCGGUCAUCGACAAGGCCAUUGUGACGGAGGACUGGCUGAAGGCUCUUGUGCGGAGGAAGAAGGUCCCUAUAAAGGCCUUGUUGCUGGACCAGGCUAAUAUCAGCGGAUUGGGUAACUGGAUGGGAGAUGAGAUCUUAUACCAUGCUCGCAUUCACCCUGAGCAGUACAGCGACACGCUCAGGGAUAACCAGAUCACCGAGCUGCACUCUGCUAUAAAUUACGUGUGCUCUGUGUCAGUUGACCUGAAAGGGGAGUCAUCCGACUUCCCUACAGACUGGCUCUUUCACCACCGAUGGGGUAAAGGCAAGAAGGGCGCUGCGGGUAAACUCCCCAGUGGAGAAGCGAUCGUCUUUGUGACAGUUGGUGGCCGCACAAGUGCUGUCGUUCCAUCAGUGCAGAAGAAGAACGGUGAAGUAGCCGAUGGCGAAGAGGAGGAGGCAGAUACCAAGCCUAAAAAGACCGCCGUCAAGGCAAAGGCCACGUCGAAAGUGAAGGCAGAGGAGAACGAUGCAGAUGAACCAGCGGCAGCACCAGCGACUCCGGGCCGGAAGCGCAAGCAACCAGCUACAAAGGCCGUCAAGGAAGAGGAUAGCACCGCUACCACGCCGGCAUCGAAGAAGUCCAGGGCUACAAAGGUGAAGGCUGAGCCAGAAGAGCCACCGGUACCGCUGAGAAGGGGACGAUCUGCCUCAAAGAAGUGA